ACAAAUAUUUACAUUAUCUUCUUAUUCUCUUUCAUUAUUUUUGUACCAAAAUAGUUGUUCAAAUAUCAUUGCUACAUGAUAAAAACCCCUUCUAUUUUCAAAAAAAAAAAAACAAAACACUGAUCUCCUAUCUGUGCCACCGUCUACCACCAUAACAGAUAGAGGAAAUGAGGCAGAUGAAGCCGUUGGAGUUGUUUCACGAUUUGGUCAAAACAACAAAGAACGAACGUGGAAGGUUGAUGGGUUUAGAUGUCGGUGAUAAAUAUGUUGGUCUCGCUCUUUCUGAUUUUGAUAACAAAGUUGCUUCUCCUUUCAGUGUUCUCGUCAGGAAGAAGAGUAACGCUAGUUUAAUGGCUGCUGAUUUUAAGAGUCUGAUCUCUAAAUAUUCCUUGAAGGGUCUUGUUAUUGGCGUCCCUUUUGAAUAUAAUCUGGUUUCUCCUGAUGCUGUGCAAGUGAAGGUCCUCAUUGAUAACCUCCGUAGAACAAACAUGCUUGAAGGUCUAAAGUAUACAUAUUGGAAUGAGUGCUUCACAUCAAAGAAUGUGGAGUUAUUCUUAAAGCCUUUGAACUUCAAAAAUGCAGUUCAGUCUAAAACUAUGCUAGACAAGUUUGCUGCUGUAGGAAUACUUCAAGGGUACAUGGACUAUGCCAACAGAAAAGCAAAGCAGAGAGCACUGGAGUAAGGCUUCUUAAUAGUGUAGAGGCAUGCACCAGAAAUAACAUCUAGAAACAUCUUAAUUUAAAGGUAGUGUGAUGGCAUGACAUAGGAUUUAAUCUUUUCCUAUAUUUGUUUUCUCCAUUCAAGACCUGAAAUGAAAAUGGAAAAUACUAGUUAUUACGACUAGUUUGCCACAAGAAAGCGAAGAAUUGAUCUGUGCCCCUCAUCUUAUUCCCACACCACCUCAUAUAUUGUGCCGCGUAUUGCUAUUUUGUUUUUUUUCAUUAAUAUAAGUGUAACUCUUCGCUUUCGUGCCACAAAUUUUCGUACAGAAGAGCAAUGCUCAAUGAAAAUAUAACCUUUCCCUGUUGAGUCUGA